CUCACCGUCUUUUCUAUUUGCCCUCCUCCUCCUCCUCCUCCUCUCCCCACCAACGCCGCCGGCCGCCGCGGCCCGACCCUCCUUUCCGGGGUCCGCUCACCAGUCCAACAGGCGGCCGGCGGUGCAGUUCUCCGGCCCCUCCCCUCGUACCGAGGUGCAUGCUUUUCGGCCGCUCUGGCGCGGCGGGUAUCCGGUGGCGUCCGGAGAUUCAGAAUCAGAUAAGAGGAGAGUGCCCACAGGCCAUCGCUAAAUCUUCUCCUUCGAUACUGAAUCGCUGUUCGCUACGCCUUAGCUCUCUCCAGAUUUUCCCAGUGCUGAGACUGAGCUGCAGAAUCUGUAGGAGGCGUGAUGGCGAAGACGAAGCCCGGGAAGAAGGACCUCAACUCGUACACUAUCAGGGGAACAAAUAAAAUCGUCAGACCUGGGGAUUGCGUCUUAAUGAGACCAUCAGAUUCUGAUAACCUCCCGUAUGUGGCAAGAGUUGAGAAGUUUGAAGCUGACCAUCGGAAUAGUGUGAAGGUACAUGUGCGGUGGUACUACCGACCGGAGGAGUCAAAGGGUGGUCGCAGACAGUUUCACGGUUCUAAGGAACUGUUCCUGUCAGACCACUAUGAUGUGCAAAGUGCACAAACUAUAGAAGGAAAGUGUGUUGUACAUUCUUUUAAAAACUAUACCAAGCUGGAUAAUGUGGGCCCCGAGGAUUACUACUGUAGGUUCGAGUACAAAACUGCCACUGGAGGAUUCACCCCUGAUCGUGUCGCUGUGUAUUGCAAGUGUGAAAUGCCUUAUAAUCCUGAUGAUCUCAUGGUUCAGUGUGAAGGCUGUGCAGAUUGGUUUCAUCCUUCCUGUAUGGGCAUGUCCAUUGAUGAAAUAAAAAAGUUGGAGCAUUUUGUGUGCUCGGACUGCUCCGGUGAAGAGGAGGCUAAAGAACAAAUGAAUUCAUUUCAUGUAUCACCUGAGGCGGAGAGGAAACGCAGAAAGAGAAGUGGCUGAGCUUUGUGCAGCUGUGUGGCUUGGAAAAGAUCAGUAUGUAUUGUGUGUGUGCUGCAAACUGUACAGUGCUGAUCAAUGUUGGCCUUUUCAACAGACUAUGAAAGGUGACUGUCCUCUACCCCCCCCCCUCCCCUCCUGUAAUUGUGUGUGUUUUGUUGUGUAAAUUGAAUGAGAUAUUAAGUCGAUAACACUCUCGACGUUUCUUUUGGCCAUUUUCCAGUCAUUUUCGGUCUUUCGAAAUACAUUUGGAGGAAAAAAAACAGAAACUUACUGACGAAGUGUAUGAAAUCAUGAGUGGAAAACACUAAGAUAUGCAAAUUUUAUGGGU